UAUCUACUUUUGAAGAUGAGUUUGUUUGACAUGGAUUUGAGUGGUGUAGUAAACAAUUUGUUCAACCAUGUUCAUGAGACUUCUUCUAGGAAUCAUGAGAAUCAUGAAAGUAGAAGAGCUUCUAAUAUCCCAGUUGACAUUUUGGAUACUCCUAAGGAGUACAUGUUUUUCAUGGAUGUUCCUGGCCUCUCCAAGUCCGAAAUUCAGGUGACAGUUGAAGAUGAGAACACACUUGUGAUAAAGAGCAAUGGAAAAAGGAAACGACAAGAUGGUGAAGAUGAAGGAUGCAAGUACCUUAGGCUGGAGAGAAGAGCACCUCAGAAAUUGUUGAGGAAGUUCCGUUUACCGGAGAAUGCUAAUGUGUCAACAAUCACAGCUAAAUGUGAGAAUGGUGUUCUGACUGUGGCUGUAGAGAAGCAUACUCCACCUCGAAAAUCAAAAACAGUUGAAGUUGCAAUUGCCUAAGGGGUUAUUGUUUGUAGUAUAUAUUGGCUGCUAGGUUUUGUAGUUUUCUGUUUUGCCUUUUCUGCUUGUUUAGUAGCCUACACAAGUGCUUUUGGUUUUGUGGAUGGUUAGGUUGAAAUUGAAGUGUUCAAUCAAUGUUUCUAGUUAUUGUGUAAUCAAGUUCCCUAUAAAUGGAAGAUCUAGUGUUUGACAAAGUGACAAAUACUACUAAAAUUC